GCAUAGUUUAAGGAAUGAAUGCGGUUGAAUUAAAAAAAAUAUUUGCCCUCGUGCAAUGGGUUGGAGGGAAAUUUGACAAAACAUACACUCCAGGCAUUCCAAUAGAGUGGAUUCGUGAUUUUGAUGUCAAAAAUUUCAGUCCAUUGGAAGACGAAGAGACUUAUUUAAUUGAAUGGCGUCACAAUAAACCAAUCAGACCAAAAAAUGGAUGGAAAAUUUUUGAUGCACGUGUUCUAAAAAUAUCUCACAAUAUAAAAGCAUUGAACAACGAAGCCACUCUGUUGGAAGGCACCAUUACUCCGUUAAAAAGUAAAAAAAAUCAAGAAACUUCCUCAAAAAAACGUAAUUUCGAGAAUGGGUCCGAUGAUACAGAGGUUGGAGCAUCUACUUCAAAUCAUUCAUCAAGUAAAAAAUUGAAGCAAGGAUCAAAAGCUGCAAAAAAAAAUAAGAAGGCUGCAGAUGAAAGAAAUAUUCCUUGCCAAGUUAUUGAGGAUAGUUAUGUUUCGAGUGGUGAUGAUGAGAUUCCUGAAGUUAUUCAGCAGAAUGAUCCAAAUGAUGUUCCUGUCAACCAUCAAAAUGAUCGUAAUAAUGAAAUGAUAAUGAAUAAGCUUUCGGAACUGUGUGCUGAAGUGAAAGAUAUAAAACAAACUCAAGCGGUUUUGAUUCAAGCUCAGAAUAACCGUCCAAAUCAUCACGGUGAUGAGAAUGAACCAGUCGAAAUUGGUCACCAAGGAUCAAAUGUAUUCAUUCCUCGCAAACAAUGGGAGACCGCAGAUAGUCGCGAUACAUUCCAGGGAAUGGGUAGAUCGUUAGUUGCGGCGCUUUUUCCGGAUGAAAUUUUAUUAGCUAGUAAUUUGCGUGGAGGUGCUAGUAAAAUCAAUAAAGAUGCUCCCGUUCGCCCUGCACUUGAUCAGAAUGUUAUCAAAGCUAUUGAGGAAGCUGUAAUGAAUAAAUUUCCUCGAAAUUACAAACGCGCAUUAUUUGGAAUGGCCAUUAACAACAUGCUUGAAGAAAAGCGUCGUAAAAAUCGAGCGGUCGCUGAGCCUGAUGAAGUUGAAGAAGAAGUUCAGUAAAGUCAAGCAUUCAAUGGACUCUAUUUAAUCAAUAUGUUGAUUCACGU